CGGCUGGAUUUGGGCUGCUCCCAUUCCAGCGCUGCCACCCGCCUCCCCUCCCAGCACAUCCCCGGUACCCACCAGCUUCCCGGCGUCCAUCGUCUCCUUGAGGCGCUUGCCCAGCUCGGAGCCCGAGGCCACCAUGGCCCGCAGCAUGUCGCCGGUGGCGAGGUGGCACACGCAGUAGGUCUCGGCCAGCUUCGGGGCCUGCGGGAGGACACGGACACAGCGGGAGGUGCUCAGCGGGAGGGCUCCGAGGGGCUCAGGCCCAGCCGGGGGCUGGAGCCCCAGCGCGGCCUUGGUCCCGCUCUGCGGCCGGCAAACACGUGGCAGGGCCGGGAGCGCCGGUUUCGGGGCCCGGAUACCGGCUCCCCGCGGCCUCCCGUAGAGAGGGGCCCGGGACAAAGAGCCCCGGUGCACGGGCACGGCUGAGCCCCCAGCGGAACGAGGCCCGGACACCCCCCCGUCAGGGCAGGCCGCCCGCCCCGCUGCCCCAGCGAGGGAGCGGAGCCGGACACCGGCGUCGCUCCGGAGCCGACCGGGCCGGUGCCGCCGCCGCUCCGGUUGAGACCGCCCAUCCCCCGGUGCCCUCCGGUGCCCUCCGGUGCCCCCUCACCUGCGUGCCCUUGCCCGCACCGGGCGGCCCCAGCAGCACGGCCCGGAUGCCCCGGCGGAGCCCCGGGGCCUGCCCUCGGCCAUCGCUCGGCUGCGCGCUCGGAGCCAUGGCCGCCGCCGACUGCGGCCAAUGGGCGGGGACGCCGGGAACCACGUGGCUCAUGGGCGGGCUUCGUAGCCUGUGGGCGUGGUCUAGCGGCGAGGGGAAGGGCUUACACCGAUGGUGGGCGUGGUCUACUUGAAAGUGGGCGUGGUUUUGCUGGAAGUGGGCGUGGUCUCGCUGGAAGUGGGCGUGGUUUCGGUGCGCUCCCCGCACCCUGCCGUCCCCCGCUCCCUGCGCCGCUCCCCCUGUCUUGCACGGCUCUGGCUGCGGUCAGAGCCAGGAUCUGACAGGAGACAAGGGCUCCUUUGGCCCUGGUUGCCAGGAGAGCUCAUGGCAAAGCCAAGGCCACAGCGUUGAGGAUCCAGGAUAAGUCGUUCCCUUUCACGUCCUCUGCAGGGGCAGCUGAGAGCGAGCAUUGUCUCCUCAGUGACACCAGAGAGGGAACUGUAAAUGAAACAAGAAGGAAAUGCCCUGCUCAGCCUGCAGUGUUUGAGGGAUGGAGCAGUGGAACCGUUCCAAGUGCGCAAAUGCAGCCAAAGACAGGACUGAGGGACCAAACGGGGCAUGUGCAUGGAUGGCAGAGCUGGAUCCGCUGCUGGGGAACACACCGAAGCUGGCAGCAGCACCAGGACAGAAUCCAUCCCUGUGGGCUUCCUGACCCAGGUCCCGCAGUCAGUGUCCCAGCCAGACAGGGUUUAAUCUGCAGGAAGCUCCUUCCCCUGGCAGCAAUAUCUCAGAGCAGCAACGCCUCGGGGUGCAGCGUGAGCUCGGCCUUCCUUGGGGACCCCCCUUGGCAUUGUGCCUAGGCACUGGGAAGGAGGCAUCAGACCUUGGGAAGGAGGGAUAAGACCUUGGGAAGGAGGCAUCAGACCCUGGUAAGGAGGGGAUGUCUGUGGCUUGGGCUGGCAGGAAUGACCCACUUAAAUGACAUCAUUUCUGUGCCAGCCAACGUGGGUGAUGGGCAAUGAAGGGCAAGGCUGGAGGAGUCACUCUCCCAAGUACAAAGCUUUAAGAGCCUCAAACCCCCUUGUUUUACCCCAUUCCCCAUCUCUGGAAUUCACUGUCAGUGUUUGCUCAGUGCAUGGCACCAUCCGGCUGCUCUGGGUCCAUGUGGGCCUUCCCCUAGUGCCCCCCAGAGUGUUGUAAGGUCUCUGUAGGGAAGGAGGUGCAGCUCUGAGAUGUGAAACCUCUGACUCCCACUCACUGCGGAUCAGGGAGGUCUGUAAAAGCCCUGGAGCUAGACCUGGAGUGGGAAUGCUCUGUGUCAGCUUGAGCUGGGUCAUCAGCUCCCUGGGUUAUGGGAUGGGCUGGAUCCAAGGGAGCCAAGUGUGUGAGCUUAAAGCUCUGUGUGUGAGCUAGGAAACACCCUGAGCUUGACUUGUCCCCUAGCUCCACACACUGUGUCAUGGGAGGGAAAUGAAACUGGAACCACAGCAGGGAUCCAGAGGGGAUACUGGUGCUGUGCCUCUUCAGCGCACAGCUGGCAUCGCACGUGUGUCAGGAUGCCUCUUUCCUGCGCCCAUGAGACAGGAAGAUCACAAGGGAAGUUAACCCUGUGCAAUGUACAGCAGAUCCAGCUGCAUCCAGAGCGUGAUGGGACAUGUCCUGGCAUCUCUAGGCCAUCGGCUUUGCAGUGAACUUGGCUUUGGUGUUAACUGUAUUGGUGCCUGAGCUGCAAGGUGUGGAGCUCAGGGUGUACUGGUACACACUGGUGGGGCUUCUGGACCUUGCUUCUCGCCUUCCUUUCCUUGUUUUCCCACUGUAUUUCAUACUUAGAAGCUAAACCCUACUUGAGAAGGCCUCAAGCUCACGUUACUGCACCUCAGCCAUGAAUGGGGACUUGAACGAGUCCAACUUCACCAUGGUGGAGGAAGGCUUCACCACCAGAGACCUCCUGGAGAGCCUCCUGGUGGGGCCAUGCCAGGCGGUGAGGCUGAUGCUCGCUGCUCCCUUGGCAGAGGCUGGCAUGGGGAGCCCAGUGCUGCUCACUGCAGCUUUCCCUAUGGUGCCCAGUAAGCCUUGUUCAUGGCAGACCUGGGGGACAUCGUGAAGAAACACCUGCAGCUCCUGAAGGUCCUACCCCGUGUGAAACCCUUCCCAGUGAAGUGCAACAGCAGUGAAGGAGUGAUUCGGCUGCUGGCGGAGCUGGGGACGGGCAUUGCCUGUACCAACAAGGCAGAGAUCACACAGGUUCAGAGCAUCGGAGUCCCCUCUGACAUGGUCUUCUACAGCAGCCCCUGCAAGCAGGUUGCCCACAUCAAGUAUGCAGCAAGCCACGGGGUGCAGCUCAUGGCCUUUGACAAUGAAGUGGAGCUGAGCAAGGUGGCCCAGAGCCAUCCUCGGGCUUGGAUGUUGUUGGGUAUCGCUGCUGAUUCCAGCCCUUCUGCCAUUCCGAAUAUGGCCUUUGGGACCACGCUCAAGUCCUGCAGGCACCCGCUGGAGAUGGCCAAGGAGCAGGCAGUGGAGGUGGUUGGCAUCAGGUUCCCGCAGGAAAACCAUCCAGCUCUUCCUUGGGAAGCCACCACAACCCGGAGACGACCACGAGAGCAUCUGCACCCCCUGUCCUGCGGCUGGGAGAUGGCAGAGUCCCUCUGUGUCACCCCAGUGUUCGCUCCAGCCGGGAUCAUCUGAGCCCCGGGAGCAGGGGACACAUCCUGCCCGCUGCCGGCAUCGCCUGUGGUGAGGGCUUUGAAGCCUGUGCCAUGAAUCCUGUUCCUCCUGCCCGUGUGCUGUGUGUGCCGCUGGGGAAGCCAUGGGGACGAGCAGGUUUGGGCUCUGGGAAUGAUGGAAUUACCGGUUGUCCAAGGAGGCGUUUCCCAAGUGCGGGUGGACGGGAAUUAGGCUGCAAUAGGGAGCUGGGUGCUUUGCUCGUAGGGAAGGUGAGGUUGUGAACCCAAAGCUUGGACACUGCUGGGAUAAGGGAAUAGGGAGCAGGAGUGCCAGGCUGGGGGUGCUAUGGGGGGGACUUGUGGCUCCCACCCUGGUCCUGAGCUCUUGGCAGCCUGGAUGGAGAGCUCUGCCCUGGGAGGGGGGGGCUGCAGAGAACCCGAACUGCUGGAGAGCAGGGACACAGAGAGGGACCAAGGACUGGGAGCACUGGGAGCACUGGGAGCACU